AUGGGAGACAGGCUGCCGGAACCUCACGCCAGCUCUUCCCCUGCUGUGGCUGCCGGCUCAGAAGCGGAAGAAAUCGAGGUGCUCGACUCCGAGGAUGUCCUACCUAUGGCCGCAGAGGAUCACUGGAAAGCUCUGUUUGAUCAGUUUGAUCCUGACAACACCGGCUAUAUCAGCACGGAGAAGUUUCGUUCCCUUCUCCAGAGACACGGCUCAGAGCUGGACCCCCACAAGCUGGAGGUCCUCUUGGCCCUGGCAGACAGCAACUCAGAGGGGCGGAUCUGCUACCAGGACUUCGUCAACCUGAUGAGCAACAAAAGGUCGAAUAGUUUCCGCCAAGCCAUCCUUCAGGGCAACAGGAGGCUGUGCAGCAAGGCGCUGCUGGAGGAAACAGGGCUGAGCCUGUCACAGAGGCUGAUCCGACACGUCGCAUAUGAGACCCUGCCGCGAGAGAUAGACCGCAAGUGGUACUACGACAGCUAUACCUGCUGCCCUCCACCCUGGUUCAUGAUUACCAUCACCAUCGUAGAGGUUGCCUUUUUUCUUUACAAUGGAGUGGUGCUAGACAGAUUUGUGCUGCAAGUCACCCAUCCCUUAUACCUGAAAAAUGCAUUACUUUACCAUCCUCAACUCCGUGCUCAGGCUUGGAGGUACCUAACCUACAUAUUCAUGCACGCAGGGAUAGAACACCUUGGUCUCAAUGUUGUCCUUCAGCUCUUGGUUGGGGUUCCCCUGGAAAUGGUGCAUGGAGCUGCGAGGAUCAGCUUUGUGUACGUUGCUGGAGUUGUGGCAGGGUCGCUGGCAGUGUCAGUGGCUGAUAUGACAGCACCUGUGGUUGGCUCCUCUGGAGGCGUGUAUGCCCUUGUCUCGGCUCACUUGGCCAAUAUAGUCAUGAAUUGGUCUGGAAUGAAGUGCCAAUUCAAACUGCUACGCAUGGCUGUUGCCUUGAUCUGUAUGAGCUUUGAAUUUGGAAGAGCUGUGUGGCUGAGAUUCCACCCCUCCGCCUACCCUCCAUGCCCACAUCCCAGCUUCAUGGCUCACCUGGGAGGGGUGAUGGUUGGGAUCACCCUCGGUGUCAUUAUCUUGAGGAACUAUGAGCAGAGACUUCAAGAUCAGACUUUAUGGUGGAUCUUCCUUUCUAUUUAUCUAAUCUUUGUGUUGUUUGCCAUCUUCUGGAACAUUUUUGCCUACAGCCUGUUGGAUUUGAAGCUACCUCCCCCUCCUUGAAUGCACAGGACAGGAGACUCUGGAGAGCAGAAGCGGUCUGCCAGCUGCAUUAUACGAGAGAAGAUGGAGGUUCUAUUUUUAUAUUUAACUUAGGGGAGGAUGAUUAUUUUGAACACAACCGUGUGUGGAAGAAGAUGCUUAAAGAUCUCACAAGUGAAUGGACUGAUCAGUUUGUUAUUAAAUCUAGCAGGUACUGUAAUGCUGGCUGGCCUGGGCCCUGCAGUUUCUUCACUGCUAGGGCUUCCAUUGGGCACCUUGAACUUGGACAUUUAUCACAUGGUUUGUUAGCACACAUCAAUAUUCUGUAUGGGAUAUUUGCAUUUUCCUGGUCAGUGCUGGAAUUACAGCCAAUUGUUGAAUGAAUCUCCUCAAUAUUACUAAACACAAGAUGGAAAAAGAGCAGUCAGUUACUAACUAGAGACCUGCAUGACACUCCCAAGGCAGACUGGGUUUGGUUUCUACAGAUACAUUUGACUGUUCAGCCAUACCAGUGCCACUGUCUAAUUACUUGAAUGGUUCCUUAAAAUUUUAAGCCUUUGGUGGAACUUGUUUUAUGCACCUUUGAAAGGGAUCAGCAGAACUUUGUCACCCAAAGUGAUGGAGACUGGUCUUUCAACUACAGGUCAAAUGAAUUUGCACUAUAAACCUUGGAAACUCUUUAGAGUGAUGUGGAUACUGGGCUAGAGGUGAAUUUACCAUGCAUGAUUUACUUGAUUUAUACUUUUUUUCCCAGCCUGUUGUGGCUACAGCUUGUGGCUGGGGUUUCUUUUUGAGAGAUGGAGGAGAGGAAGGCAAGUGUUCAGUUUUGAUUUUGUCAGUUGACAAUGGGGUUUUCUUCUCACUUUAUUUGGGGCUGUAUUGAUUUAAUGCCUGGCCUGCAGUGAUAUCUAAGCAGGGAUCUCAACUCUUCCAACAGGCUCCAGCUUUAGAGACAUCCAGUCUGUUUGAAGCCAACUUUGUCCACUGAAGGUAGUGGGGUUAAAUCAGGGUGUGUGUCUGGCUUCCUCCUGAAGUGGAAAGAAGUGUUAUAGUGAAUGUUGUGAAGUUCAUAAAACUGGUUUUCAAAUGGCUGCUAAAAUCUGAGGAUGGCAAGUCUUUCUGAGGCA